UAUUUCCUCGCUGUCUCUUCGACCUGAGGUCCUUGUUCACUGUAUUGUAUCCAUCGCUUUUUGGUGAAAGCAACACUUUUCAAUCAUGUCUGGCAGGAAGUUUUUCGUCGGUGGAAACUGGAAAAUGAACGGCGACAAAAAGAGCAUCGAAGAGCUCGCCAAUACACUGAAUAGCGCCAAGCUCAACCCAGACACCGAGGUUGUGUGUGGCGCUCCAACCAUCUACCUAGACUACGCCAGGUCUAAGCUCAACCCAAACAUUGAUGUGGCUGCACAAAACUGCUACAAGGUUGCAAAGGGAGCUUUCACCGGAGAGAUCAGCCCUGCCAUGAUUAAGGACUGUGGAGUAAAAUGGGUGAUUCUGGGACACUCUGAGAGACGCCACGUGUUUGGAGAGAGUGAUGAGCUGAUCGGCCAAAAGGUGGCUCAUGCUCUUGAGAACGGUUUGGGAGUGAUCGCCUGCAUUGGUGAGAAGCUGGAUGAGCGGGAGGCUGGAAUCACAGAGAAAGUUGUUUUUGCACAGACCAAGUUCAUCGCAGAUAACGUGAAGGACUGGAGCAAAGUAGUUCUUGCCUACGAGCCUGUAUGGGCCAUUGGCACUGGUAAAACCGCAUCACCCCAGCAGGCUCAGGAGGUGCAUGACAAGCUCCGGCAGUGGUUAAAGACCAAUGUCUCAGAGGCUGUUGCCAACUCUGUCAGGAUCAUUUAUGGAGGUUCUGUCACUGGAGGAACCUGCAAGGAACUGGCUUCACAGAAAGACCUGGACGGAUUCCUUGUUGGAGGAGCUUCCCUAAAACCGGAGUUUAUCGACAUUAUUAACGCAAAAGCAUAAAGAGAUCAAGCCGUCAUCUACCUAAACUCUAAACGGAGCGUCCGCUCAUAAGCCCUGCUCUUCUCUAGAAAGUGUUAACGUGUUGGUGUUGUUUAAUUUUCAGCGUUUUUCCUACUGUAUUGUUAUUGUAAAGGGACAGAUUGGCACAUGCUAAGCACUCAAGGGUUUUAUUCCACUGAAAUGCGUGUUAACUGAGAAGCAUCGUCGGGCUUUAGAGUCCUUGCCUUUUACUUGAACAAUGUUUACCAACAUUCUUGUGUUCACAGUGUCAAAAAUUUGGGAUGAAGUCAAUCAGCCUCAGUGUCUUUUUGAUUCAAAUCAAACUACUUUCCAUGAAUGUGGUUGUCCUGAUGUUUUUAGUGUCCCUAAAAAAAAGAGUUUCUCUGAGUAACCUGUGCUGAAGGUGCUCAUAAUGUCAUAAUAACCAACAUUAUUUGGUAUAAAGCAUAAGAAAAUAUUCGAAUAAAUGUGUGAUCAGAAGUGUAGACCCA